UGAUGCUACCUGGCGAUUAGAGAGAGAGGGGGGGAGAGAGAGAGGGAGAGAGAGAGAGUACUUCAGGAGCUAAACAAGACAGAAGAUAUUAGAGCGAAUUCAGCCUUUUGUUUGAGUAUUUGCAGCUUUAAAUAUUGUCCCCCGUGCAGCACCAAGGAAAGAAAACACCGAGGGAGAGCAGGAAAAAAUAUAUAGGGAGUCUUGAUGCAUCUGUGCAAGAGCAUCCAUUUCACGGCGAUUACAGUUCGAACCUGAGGAGACGGUGCGCAUUUCUUUGAGAAACACGGUGCUUUUCUCUCCUCCGAAGUCAUUUUCCUAGAGCGGCUGGCGGACGCAAAGACACGGUUACGGGAUUUCAUAACGAGGCUUUUCGUUUGAAGCAAAAGCAGGUCGAGCGCAGUUCCAGCAGGCUAUACUGCGUCUUGUUUGUGGAGUGGAAUUUUGCGGUCCCUAGCUCAAGACGCAAAGGGGAAUAUCAGACGUUCAAGUUCUCCUGGAAGUUGCGCAGUGAUAUAAAAACAUGGGAAUUUGUGGUUAUCUGGCGGUGUCUGGGAAAUGCCUUGUCGUCAUCGGACUGAAAUUGUUAUUCCUUGUACCUGCAGGAGUUCCAGCUAGAAGCGGGGAUUCUGUAUUAAAGGACAACAUCACCGUCAGACAGGGAGACAGCGCCGUCUUAAAAUGCAAUGUGGACAGCAAAGUCUCACGAGUGGCAUGGCUCAAUCGCACCACUAUUUUAUUUGCAGGGAGUGAAAAGUGGUCUCUGGAUCCUCGUGUCAUCUUGUUGGAAAACACAGCAGUUACAGAGUACAGCAUCAAAAUCCAAAAUGUUGAUGUCCAUGAUGAAGGGCCCUAUGUAUGCUCUAUACUCACGAACAAGAAACCACAAUCCACGAAAGUGCACCUCAUUGUUCAAGUACCUGCCAGGAUCACUAACAUAUCAAAGGACGUCACGGUGAAUGAAGGCAGCAACGUCAAUCUUAUGUGCCUGGCAGUUGGUCGACCUGAUGCCAACAUAAUUUGGAAGCAUCAUUCACCAAGGGGCACCCAUAAAUUUGUGACAGAGGGGGAGCACCUGAUGCUCACAGCCAUCACCAAAGAACAGUCGGGAUCUUAUGAAUGCAUUGCAUCUAAUGACAUCUCAAGCCCGGAUGUCAGGACAGUGCAAGUCACCGUCAACUAUCCUCCCUUCAUUUCUAAAGCGAGGAGUACAGGUACUUCAGUUGGACAAAAAGGAAUUCUGCAAUGUGAAGCCUCUGCUGUCCCAAGGGCAGAUUUUGAGUGGUACAAAGAAGACCGCAGGCUCCUCAAUGGACUAAACGGGGUAAAGAUAGAGAAUCAAGGGAAACAGUCAAUGCUUAUCUUUUUCAAUGUCUCAGAAGAAGACUAUGGGAACUACACUUGUGUUGCUAUGAACACCAUGGGAAUCACUAAUGCCAGUAUAAUACUCUAUGGUCCUGGUGCAAUGCAUGAUGUGAACGGGGCUAUUGCAAUAUCACAUUGCUCUGUAUGCCUCCUGCUUACUGUAACCUCAGUCUACCUUCUCAAGUUCUAAUGUGAAAUGCUACAACCUUGGAGCUUCUCUCAGAAUUGAAAACCAAGAACAGACUUUUAGUCCAGUAAGGAGAAUGGAAACCCAAGAUUGCCAGUGGUCCACCCUAUUUUUUUUCUUUUUCCCUGUUGUUUUUCUUUCCUUUUUCUGGCUUUGCAUCAGAGUCUGUUCUCUGUUGGCUUGUCAAGAGUGAGAAGCAUCAGCCUGCAGAAGCAAAGAUUUUAAAUAAUGCACUAAUUUGAUGAUGGUAGAACUUCUGAGUUUGUGUCUCCCCCAACCUUUUUAUAUGUGAACAUGGAAAAAGAAAAAAAAAUACAUGUAACUGUUGAUAGUUGACUGUUUAUUGCCCAAUUCUGAAGUGUACAUUCAGAUUAUUAUUAUUAUCGUGUCAUGUCCUGUUCAAUAUCUGUACAAUAACAUUAAGCUUUUUUAGGUAAAUGAUAAAAAGGGAAAAAUGCAAUGUGAUUGUUGAAUUUUACUGUAUUUUUACAGUUGUAUGCAAAACAGAAUAACUGAUCCUUCAUUAUAAACAGUUCAGAACAAUAAAUUAUACACCAUGAUUUCUCAGGCAAAGUCCUACACAUAGUGCAUCCAAAUUUAUAUUUUCAUUGUAGUGUGUGUAAAAAUUGUACAAAUGUGUACAGACAAUACCUGCACUGUUGUUUUUCAAAAUGCAUAUGCUUAUCCAAUGGCAUUUUUGAACUACCCAAUAAGAGUGCCAUAGCAGCUUCAUGACAUAUUCAUACUGAUACACUGAAAGCUGAUUUUCAUACUCACUUGCGUGAAGUAUGAUUUAGGAGGGAGAAAUUGGUUGUUGUGCUGCUUUGUUCUCUGCAGACAGAAACAGAAAAACCCAGAGUUCAGUGUGCUGAUGGCAUCAUUAGUGUCCAACCUGAUUCACAAAGUGCUGUGGCUAAUUUGGAAAGCUGCACUUGUUACAUUAUAUUAUGGUUUUAUGAUCAUUAUUAUUUAAUUUUCUAAAGUUAUGGUUAAAAGCUUCAGAUUAUAUAAAAUAAUUUAAUAGUAAGAUAUUUAAAAAAUGCAGGUAGCCAUUGUACCAUUUUAGUCCCCCUUAUUUUGUUUAGUCUCAAGAAUCAACUAAAAAUGUCACUGAGACCUUUUGUUUCCUCACUACACCAACAAGAGGUUCACUCUGGCUUUCGAUUCAAAAUAAUACUCUACAAAAAAUAUGUAUUUAAGAGCCAUUUUAAAUAAUUGAACCGCCUUUUAAAUGCUUCUGCAAUGUUUGUCACUUUUAGCUAUGCAUAAUAUAAUCACGUUCAGAAAAACAAGAUAGUGAGUGUGAGAAAACAUUGGCAGUGUUAGCACUAGCAGCAUUCAUUGUAGUGCUGCUACUGCUAGCAAAUAUCGUAUUACAUGUCUUUACUGACAGGGUAUUAACUUUUUAUAUCAGACCUGGCUGGCUCUUGCAUGGCUCUUGGGCUGCUUAUUCAGUCCAUUGGUUCUCUCUGACCUGCCCACAUGAGGCCAAUGGGAAAUUAUCAUUCAAACGUAAAGAAGGAUACAUCAUGCUUUUGUGAAUUUUGUGGAAAAUCACAAAGCUGGACUCUACUGCACUAUCCAGCUUGGUAAAAAUUGUUUUUGCUUUUGCAGCUUUGCUAGAAAGGUUUCCGAUGUCCAUCCCUGCUCUGCGUCGGUACAGCUUUGCUGUAAAUCCACUCUACAUAGAAUGUAGCGUUUUAACAAAACAUGGACAGAAAGUAUUUAUUUGAAUUCAGGAACACAACAACCUGACUGAUGCAACACAGGAAUGGACACUGCUGUGAAAGCAACAAGUUUUUAACAGGCUGGGAUGGAGGGAUGGAGCAGUCAAGGCCAGGUUUGUCAUCUUCCACAAAAUCACAAAAUACAGAACAUCAUUCUCUGAUGGGGAGUUUAUUAUAAUGUUUAGUGAUAUGCCCUGAGAAAAAUGAAGCAUUUGAGAAUGUCCCCCUCUCCAAGUGAAUCCCAAAAGAUAGAUUAACCUCAUUAUAAGAAAAUCAGGAUCGUCAUUUGAAAAACAAAGCAGAUAUUGGCCAAGACUCUGGCCAACAACUGUGAUGUCCACAACACAACCAAGUUCCUCUUUUUUUAUACACAGAAUAACAAAACUGUUUCAGAUUGCAGAGCAGCUGGCAGCAAUGCUGAUGCUGAAAACUGAUGGCCGUCCAAAUCUGACAGGAAGAAAUGACUUUUGACAAUGGACUGACACGAACCCAGAACUGAAACUGGUGUUUUUGCACUGUAUCAUUCACCAAGAGGUGUUGUGCGAGUCAAUGCUAAAAAAUUAACCAUGUUGUUGAUGUAACUAAAAUAGUUAACUUCAUCAGGGUGAAAAGCAAUGAAUCACAGACUUCAAAUCAGUAUCAAUGCUGUUUUUUUAUUCUGCUCACAAAAACGAGAACUUUCCACACAUACGAAGAUAUUCUCAGAUAAUGCUGGUUUUCUUUUGCAUGUGAACAAACAUUAUUUGUGAUAAAGUUUAACAAAACUAGAAACAGAUAAUCUGUCUGCUAUCCUUUGCAUUUCCUUCUCAUUUUAAAGCUGACACAAGUGCACCCGUUCAAGCCAAUAAUAAACUAAAUAUGUCUCAUAGAACAAGAAAAAAGACCUAAAUAACUGCAAAAAAACCUACAAAUUAGCAAUAGAACUUUGUUAAAAAAUGCACAUUUUGUUCCAAAUUGCUUUCAAUAAUGUUGAAUAGUUUUACAUUUGAGUUCAGUUCAUUGGUGCAGCCCACCACAGCAGUCAUAAAUUCUCAUGUGGCCGGUUGGGAAAAUGAAUUGUCCUCCCCUGUUCUAUAUCAAAGCUACAUACAUACAGUGUUAUUUAGAUAAUUACAUUACACUGUUUCGCAUAUUUGUUGUGAAAUAUUGGAAAGCUGGAUAAAAUUCUUCAUUUUAAAAACUGAAAGAACUUUUUUGUGCUUAUCAGCCCACUGAUCAUGCAACCACAAAAAGUCAGCUUGAAUGAAUGGUCUGUGUAGCUGCUAUGAAGCUUUCUUCAGGUGUUGUGAAUGUGUGCUUUUAACCUGGUUUGCCCUGAGAUUAAUGGCAGAUGCUGAUCUCAAAACUGCAGGAGUAAUGAUUUGAUCUGUGGUUGGUGUAUAAAAAGAGUUUCUGUCAAUUUCUGACAGAAAGUAUACUUAGAGCACAAGUGACUGCUAAUGUGACUUUUUUUUAAUGAUCCAGUUCACUCCUGUGAUAACCUAUGAGUAACAAAUGUGUUGAUGACAAAGGGAAGAGAUUGUGUAUGUGGGAAUGCUCUUUUUUUGUCACAUGUUCUGUGCUUGUGAUGAUGGUGAAACAGUCAGAUCUCACAUGAUGUGAUUUUCCCUUUUUAGGGGUUUGCAAAAAAAACCAAAACAAAACAACGACCAAAAAAAAAAAAAAAAAAAAAAAAAA